CUUCGCCUAUAAAUAGACCCCAAUAACCCUCCCGGAAACCCUAGUACUCUCAUUCAUUUUCGCUUCUCCUUCUGCUGUGCGGCAACAGAUCUAUAUUUGCUUUUAAGUCUUUUUUACAAUCAACAUGGGUAAAGAGAAAUUUCACAUCAACAUUGUGGUCAUUGGCCAUGUCGACUCUGGUAAGUCGACUACCACUGGUCACUUGAUCUACAAGCUUGGUGGUAUUGACAAGCGUGUCAUUGAGAGGUUUGAGAAAGAAGCUGCUGAGAUGAACAAGAGGUCAUUCAAGUAUGCCUGGGUGCUUGACAAGCUCAAGGCUGAGCGUGAGCGUGGUAUCACCAUUGAUAUUGCCUUGUGGAAGUUUGAGACCACCAAGUACUACUGCACUGUGAUUGAUGCUCCUGGACACAGGGACUUCAUCAAGAAUAUGAUUACUGGUACCUCCCAAGCUGACUGUGCUGUCCUGAUUAUUGACUCCACCACUGGUGGUUUUGAAGCUGGUAUCUCUAAGGAUGGACAGACCCGUGAACAUGCAUUGCUUGCUUUCACCCUUGGUGUGAAGCAAAUGAUUUGCUGCUGUAACAAGAUGGAUGCUACCACCCCCAAGUACUCCAAGGCUAGGUACGAUGAAAUCGUGAAGGAGGUUUCUUCCUACCUCAAGAAGGUAGGAUACAACCCUGACAAAAUCCCCUUUGUCCCCAUCUCUGGUUUCGAGGGUGAUAACAUGAUCGAAAGAUCAACCAACCUUGACUGGUACAAGGGCCCAACUCUUCUUGAGGCUCUUGACCAGAUUAAUGAGCCCAAGAGGCCCUCAGACAAGCCCCUCAGGCUCCCACUUCAGGAUGUCUACAAGAUUGGUGGUAUCGGUACUGUCCCUGUUGGUCGUGUGGAAACUGGUGUCAUCAAGCCUGGUAUGGUUGUGACUUUUGGUCCCACUGGUCUGACUACUGAAGUUAAAUCUGUUGAGAUGCACCACGAAGCUCUUCAGGAGGCACUUCCCGGUGACAAUGUUGGAUUCAAUGUCAAGAACGUUGCUGUUAAGGAUCUCAAGCGUGGGUAUGUUGCUUCCAACUCCAAGGAUGACCCAGCUAAGGGUGCUGCCAGCUUUACCUCCCAAGUCAUCAUCAUGAACCAUCCAGGACAGAUUGGAAAUGGAUAUGCUCCAGUGCUUGACUGCCACACCUCCCACAUUGCUGUCAAGUUUGCAGAAAUUUUGACCAAGAUCGACAGGCGUUCUGGUAAGGAGAUUGAGAAGGAGCCCAAGUUUUUGAAGAAUGGUGAUGCUGGUAUGGUUAAGAUGCUUCCCACCAAGCCCAUGGUUGUUGAGACCUUCUCUGAGUACCCACCAUUGGGACGUUUUGCUGUGAGGGACAUGCGUCAGACUGUUGCUGUUGGUGUUAUCAAGAGCGUUGACAAGAAGGACCCAACUGGUGCCAAGGUCACCAAGGCUGCUCAGAAGAAGAAAUGAAUGUUGCAGUUCAAUUCUGGUGGUACUCGUGAUAUCUACUACAAUAAAGUGUGUUAUGGAGACAUUGUUUUCUCUGCUUGUGAUGUUUUUGUUCCGUCUUUAAUGUGGUUCUUAGGUUCUAGUUUUCUGCCUUGUAUGACUGGUAUCCGCUCCCAGAGUUGGGUGCUUGACAGGCGGUGGCGAGAAAAACUUUGUUGAGUCUGUCUGCAUUUUCUUUUGAGGUGCCUUGGUUUUCCAAGGUGGCUCGGAAGUUUUGUUUGUUAUUGCUUAAGAUACUUAUUUCAAAGUUAUUUAUUUUUGUGUUGAACAUG